AGUAUUUUGGGUAGAGACCAGAGAGAGAAUGAAUGUGUUGAUUGCUUAUUUGGCCCAAAUUUCGACCCGCCAACUUCAAAUGGAUGGUUUAUCUUCUCCGGCCAUGGCGAUUGAAGCACCUCUCCUCUGAAAUCACUCUGUAGGUUCCUCUCUCUCCACCCAAAUAGUUGGAAUCUAAACUCCGUCUUUAUGGUUGAGUAAGUUUCAUACAAGUUUACGAUUUUUACAAGUGGAUUUGCACUUUUAUUUGAUUGUUUACACUUAAAAUUUGUAUGGUUCAUAACAAUUAUCAUGGAAACAGCUGCAAUCAACCCAUUCCCUAGCUUCCAAAUACCUCCUUCCUAUAUCACAGUGAAUAAUUACUUGCUUUUUAAUCCUGUAAAGUCUGCAUUUUUAACUAGUAAUUCAAGAAUUAAGUUAUCCUCCAAGUUUCAUGUACUAUUCCACAAGACUUGUUGCUUAGCUACUUCUACAAGUCACAAAACUUUGGUUGAAAGUGAAGUAGUAGAAGAAGAAGAUGAUGGUUCCAGUGAUAGUAAAAAUCAGAUCAGGGAGGAACCCUCCGACGAUGACUGGGAAGCAAAGUUCCUUGGACAGAUGGAGCCAUCUGGAGAUGUUUUUCCUGAGAAGAAGAAAAUGAAAAUAAAAUCUAGAUUGCUCAAGAAUACAGAAACAAUGGAUUGGUGUAUGAAUGCUAGGAAAGUUGCUCUCAUGUCUAUUGAAGCUAGAGGAUUGACUCCUGUUAUAAAGAGUAUGAUUAGUGGAAAUAAAAAGACCAAAAAGAAGAAGAAGAAAAUUAAAUCCAAGGUUGAUAAGAAAAAAACAGAUGAAGAAAUUGAUGGGGACUUGGAGUUUGAUUCGGAUGAUGAGGAUUUCCAUUUGGAUCCUGAAGUCCCUCUAGGCAAUAAAAGUGACCUCAAAAGGACAGUAAGCGUGUUUGCUGAUGGUAUGUUUGAGGAACAGAAAGCUAAAACCAUGGAAACGUUUGUCCAAAGGCUAUCUGAAUUUGCAGGACCAUCGGACCGUAAGAAAGAAAUUAGCUUGAAUAAAGCCAUUGUUGAAGCACUGACGGCUGAAGAAGUGUUAGAAGUCACUUCUGAGACUGUCUCAGCUGUUGCGAAAGGGCUUAGCCCUUCGCCACUUUCUCCAUUAAAUAUAGCCACAUCAUUGCAUAGGAUAGCGAAGAACAUGGAGAAAGUUUCAAUGACUAGGAGCAGAAGGUUGGCAUUUGCUCGCCAAAGAGAGAUGUGUAUGCUUGUAAGCAUUGCUAUGACUGCUUUGCCUGAGUGCUCAGCGCAGGGAGUUUCAAAUAUUGUGUGGGCACUGUCAAAAAUUGGUGGUGAGCUUCUCUAUUUGACAGAAAUGGACAGAGUGGCAGAAGUAGCGUUAACUAAGGUUGAUGAGUUCAAUUCGCAAAAUGUUGCUAAUAUAGCUGGGGCCUUUGCGUCAAUGCAGCACUCUGCUCCAGAACUAUUUUCGAGGUUAGCAAGAAGGGCCUCAGACAUUAUUCAUACCUUUCAGCCUCAAGAGAUUGCUCAAGUCUUGUGGGCUUUUGCUUCUCUGUAUGAGCAAGCAGGUCCCAUGCUUGAUGCACUUGAUAAUGUUUUUAGUGAUGGUAAUCAGUUCAAAUGCAGCUUGAAAGAUGAUAAAUUACCUUAUAGUAAAGAAAGAACACCAGAUGGUACUGCAGAUGUUGAUUCUGGAGCAAUUAACUCUCCCGUGCUAAGUCUUAAUAGGGAUAAGCUAGGUAAUAUAUCAUGGUCUUAUGCUGUUCUUGGGCAGAUGAAUCGAGUUUUCUUCACCAAUGUAUGGAAUGCUCUCAGCUAUUUUGAGGAGCAACGGAUAUCUGAGCAGUAUAGGGAAGACAUUAUGUUUGCUUCCCAAGUUCAUCUUGUGAACCAAUGUCUCAAGCUAGAGUACUCACAUCUUGACCUAUCCCUGAAAGGUGAACUGGAAGAAAAAAUUUCCAGUGCUGGAAGGACAAAACGGUUCAAUCAGAAGAUUACUUCCUCAUUUCAGAAGGAGAUUGCUCGCCUUCUGGUAAGCACUGGGCUAGAUUGGGUUAGAGAAUAUGCCGUGGAUGGUUAUACUCUGGAUGCAGCGGUCAUUGACAAAAGAGUUGCUCUUGAGAUUGACGGCCCUACUCAUUUCUCAAGGAACUCAGGAUCCCCCUUGGGACAUACAAUGCUAAAAAGGAGAUCUAUCACUGCUGCUGGUUGGAAGCUCAUAUCUGUCUCUCAUCAAGAAUGGGAAGAACUCAAAGGAGGGUUUGAGCAAUUAGAGUAUCUCCGUGGCAUUAUCAAAGAUCACUUCAAUGAAGGGAACUUCAGUGUGGAAAUGGAAGAUGGUCAUUGAAGUAUAGAAUAGGAAAACCAUAACUGUAUUUUAUUGUGCUUCACUCAUUCCUUCUUCCUUCCUCUGUCAUAUAGCAGAUUUAUACUUCUCCUACUUUUCAAAGUGAAAUGUCUUCAGAAUUUUGAAUUCUAUACUAAUGUGAAUUACUUUUAAAUUUUGAUAAGUAAUACAAUGUAAACCACCUAUAUGAAUGAGCUUAAAUGAAGGAGUGGGUAUUCAUAUAGCCUACUCCAACUUGUUUAGGACAAAGGCUUAGAGGGACUGUGUGAUUGAAAUUCUGUUGACGUAGUAAGCCUGUUUAUUUUUCCUGUAUCCUUCGUCAAUGCAACAAAUAUUCUUUGCUCUGUUGGGGUGAUGAUGUUCCUAUUAUGAAGUCCUCCUGGUGAGGUAUUGCUAAGUCACUUGUACUUAACGAUAGAGAUUUACAAACUUCCUACUAAAUAUCAAUCCUUGAUGUCGUUGAGAUCUCUUUAAUGGUUUAUGGAGUUGUAUGCUUGUAAUAGAAGCACUUGUUCAGUACGAGGCAUGCCGACUCUAGAAAGGACUAAGCUCUGUAUAAAGUAUCUUUUUUGCCAAGCCAUGAAGGUGUCCCAUGUUCUGAGAUGAUCCGGCAUAAAUCUAUAUGCAAGUAACUACUUUCUUAAGGUGUAAAGAUGUCCUUUCCAAGCUAACCAGUUAGGUUGACGAAAAUGCAGUCAGCAAAUAACUCAUUGGAAAAGAAGCUGCAAAUAAUUCAGGGAUCGAGACAGAUAAUAUUAUAACGUAGUUUUUUUCCAGUGGAUUUGUAAACUAAUUGUAAGAGAGAAUUUGCAGUGACACAUCACUUGUAUGUA